UUAUCAGUCGAAAAUAAGUUACGUAAUCCAUUUCAUACCAGAUCUGUACUACACUUGUGAUUUUGACUUUCAUCAUCAAGAAACGAUUUUCCUAUUUUCUAAUCUAAUGUAACAGCUAUAGACUUGUUAGGAGCAAUUAAUGACAAUAGAAUAUAGAUAAUGUGGCUAAUUAUGCCUAUAAUUGUAUGAGUUAGUAAUUGUGCAAUUAUGUCGUCGGAUGUUACACCAGUAAAUAACAACCACUUUCAUUUCAACUCUCCAAAGUUUAAAUUUAAAAAGGAAGAUAAACGUAAGAUGAAAGAGGGUAAAGAGGAUGUGUUUGUUAACUUAUUUCUGUUGAGUAAAUCUUAUAAACGUUGGCAGCUUGCAGAUACAGAAGAGGAAUUCCUGCAUGCAGCGGAAUUUGGUGACAUACCUACAGUUAAGAGAAUCCUCCAAGAGAAUCCUAACCUGAAUGUGGACUGUAUUGAUGCUCUUGGACGAACUGCGUUAAGACUCUCGGUCAAGAAUGAACAUCUCGAAAUUGUGGAAGUUCUGCUUGAUAGAUCAAGUGGGCACCAUAUAUACGAAGCCGUCUUGCAGGCCAUUAGCGCCGGACAUAUACAAAUUGCUGAAACCAUCUUGAAGCAUCGUCGGUACUUGGAAAUGUGGAAAGAACGUAAAAAACUUGGCGAUGACGACUACUUCUUCAACAAAUCAAUGUUUGAAGAAUCUCAAUUCUCUCCUGAUAUAACUCCACUGAUUUUAGCAGCUCAUAAAAACCAGUAUGAAGUUGUACAAUUAUUGAUGCUUAGAGGAGAAAUUAUAAACAAACCACAUAAAUUUCAAUGUGCUUGUCAAGAAUGUACCAAUAAGAUGAAAUUUGACAAGUUACGAUCAGCAAAAUAUCGUUUGAAUGCAUACAGAGGCUUAGCCAGCGAAGCUUAUAUUUCGCUGUCAAGUAAAGAUCCCAUUUUAACAGCUUUUGAACUAGGCGCCGAAGUCAAGCAUCUUUCAAGAGUGGAAAAGUAUUUUAAGAGAGAGUAUAAAGACCUAGCAGAAGGAUUAAGCGAAUAUGUUGUUCGUUUACUUAGCAGAGUCCGAACACAAGAAGAAUUGGAAAUUGUUCUGAAUAAAGCCGGGAACCCUAGGGAUAAUAAAUACGAGAGUUUGGCGAGGUUUAAAUUAGCCAUUCGUUACAACGAAAAGAAGUUUGUUGCUCAUUCUAGUUGUCAGCAAAGAAUGGUCAGUACAUGGUAUGAAGGCAUUGGGGUGUUAGAACGUGCAGGUUGGCCUAAGCGUAUCUUGCUGUUUAUGUUGUUUUUCAUCUCAUAUCCGUUCCUAGUGCUUAUUUAUCUGUUUGCACCACGUGCAAAGUGUAUACGUAUUUUGAGAUACCCAUGUGUUAAGUUUAUUUGCCAUAUGAUGUCAUUUUUGGCUUUCCUUGUACUUAUUAUUGUGUCAACAGCUGAAACAUCAAAGACCGUUUCUAAAUACACAACUCUUAAUUCUAAGUAUCCGGACAUUUAUGACAAGUACAUUCAGCUAUUUGAUUCAACUAACCAAACACUAUAUGGAAUUGAUUUUCCUAUGCGACCACUCAUUCCGACUAUUACACAGCUUAUGAUUUCAACAUGGGUUAUAGGUAUGGCAUGCCAGGAAUGUAGCCAGUUAUUCACAGAAGGAAUACGUCGUUACGCAAAGUCUUGGUACAACUUAAUGGACGUAUCAUUAUUAACACUGUAUUUCUCAUCUUUCACACUGCGGUAUUUUUGCAUGAUCAAGGCCUUUUUAUCUGUUCAAUCUAUUCGUGGAGAAUCAAUAGACGAGCUUUCAAAUGAUUUGCUCUAUAAUGAAAAGUGGCCUUUUUACUGGCUAAAUGCAGACCGAUUUUACUGGGAUUCGUGGGAUCCUAUAAAUAUGUCAGAAGGUCUGUUUGCUGUUGCCAACAUUCUCAGCUUUUCUCGCAUAUCAUACCUCCUUCCAGCCAAUGAGGCGUUGGGACCACUGCAGAUCUCACUCGGAAGAAUGAUUAAGGACAUCCUGAAGUUUUUAGCCUUUAUUGUUUUGGUCUUUUCUGCCUUCAUGGUAGGCCUUAACAACCUAUUCUGGUAUUACAGCAUGAGGGAAAACAUUGAAGUCACCAAACACAAUUUUACAACAAGAGCAGAAGUACAAUUUGCAGAUGUAUUAGCCACAUUCAGAACAGUUUUCUGGUCGCUAUUUGGUCGCGGAGACACUGAUGUUGUCAAGUUGGGAGAAUAUGAAAAUAAAUUUACAGAAGACAUUGGAUACAUUAUAUACGGUGCCUAUAAUAUCGCCAUGGUGAUAGUACUAUUAAAUAUGCUUAUUGCCAUGAUGACCAGAUCGUAUCAAGAUAUAACUGAAGACGCCGAUGUCGAGUGGAAAUUCGCUAGAAGUGUUCUUUACAUGGACUAUAUUGGAGAAGGAAGCGUUCUGCCUGUUCCUUUGAAUAUGUUAGGACUUCCGAAAGCUAUUGUUCGGAAAAUUUCUCGAUGUUGCUCAAAAUGUUGCGAAAAUAAUGACAACGAAACACCUGAAGAUGGCAAUCCAGAUGUGGCUCCAGAACCAAUGGAAAGGAAUGGUCGUCAGAAUGGAUUGAAUGGUAAACGUUCAAGAGACCGAUCACGUGACAAUCUCAAUAUUCAACUCAGUGAUGGACACUUGAAGCCGGCAGACAUUGAUAGAAGAAGGAGUACAGAGAGUUUACCUUUCGGUAAAAAAAGCUAUCACAAAGUUAUGCAAACGAUAGUACAGAGAUAUAUCUUUGAUAUGCAGAGAGAGGCAGAAGUAACAGAAGAUGACUUUGAAGAAAUUAAACAAGAUAUUUCCAGUUUCCGAUACGAGAUGUUAAACACAUUAACAGUACGAGAAAAACAGCACGAGGAAGUUAUGUUAAAACUAAGCCAGAUAUUAGGGGUCCCAAUCAGUCCUUUUGAGAAAACAAAAGAUAAACCUGGAACGCCAGUUAGUCAGAUGUCCAUAGAUGAAGAACAUGUCCCAGCACCAUAUGAUAACAAUUUUGAUAAAUCACGUGAGAACAGUAAAAUUGUAUGUGAAGCAGAUAUAAAUGUGGAGACUUCUAAUGUAGAACUAGGAGGGUCAAGUUAUGAAAGGAAGGAAGAAGAAAAUGAUAAAGAGGGGGUAGAAAUUGAUAAAGAGGAAGAAGAAAAAGAAUUAGGAAUCGGAAACAGUACAAAUGGUUAUACAAAAGUGUCUGAUGAAACUUGACGUUUAUGAAUUAUUUCAUUGUGGACUGAAAUCAACUUUUAUAUCAUUUGUCUGUUGUAUUUGGACAAUUCUGUGCCAAUUUGGUUUAUUUUUUACUUAUUUUAAUCUUACGUUAAAAAAUAGACGUAUUGCCUUCAGUACAAUAGCACAAAGUAAACUAUGUAAAAAUAGUAUUUAUGUAUAUUUUUGUGUAUAUUUUUUUGGAAAAUCAUUUUUGUCUGAUAAUUACCGAAAAGUUGAAAACAAAUAUAAAACAAAGUCAAACAUACUGUAUUUGUUUCGGUGGGAGCACUUUUCAUGAUUAAUUACGAAUUGUUUUAAGUCCAAAUCAAUUGUGAAGUUAAAAAGAUUAAAACCAAAAUUCCAAAAGGUUGUGCCAAACCUGGCUUAGGCCAUCUAUACCUGAGGAUGGAAGAACUUCGUGUUUCAAAUGAUUUUAACAUAUAUCAUAUAGUUUUUGAGUGCUGUUGACUGUGCUGGUCUGCGAAAGCGGACUAAAACGAAUGAAUAACUAAAAGGCCGAUGGUAAGUUUUGCAUGAAGAUGGAAAGCUCACCGUUUUGUAAAGAUUACAGAACUUUAAUAGAAAAUGAUGUUCAGAUACAAUAUAAUAAGAUAUAUACGUUUGUCAAAAAGAUUUUUUACAUUUUUCAAAAUAUAUCUUUGAAUUGUUUUAAUUAUGACUACUAUGAAAGUGCCAGCUAACAAUGCGUUUCGAAUGCAGAGAACGCUUCGUUUCUUUGUAGUGCUAUAAUUCAAGUGUCAUCUCUCUUAAAAUUCGUGAUCUGUAUCCAUAAUGUACAUCUAAAUCAUUUUGAUAUGUUGUUUCCUUGUUCAAUUUUUGUCUACAUGUGCAAAAGUUGUUCUCGCAUAUAUUUUUUUACCGUGUAUGUCAAACGUUUUACGUUUAACUAAAUCAUUUUGUCGAUAUGUAGUGUACAACUGGAUAUAAUGCUUAUGGUGUCCAAGCGAAAACUCCUUUUUUAUAAUAUUUUAGUAUCGUUAUCGUGUAAGGAAUAGUGGAGUGCCGUUGUUGAAUAAUUAUUUUAUCUGUUUUAUAGCAAUUUCAUUUCUUUUUGUAAACGUUAUUCACAAUAAAUGAUAUUUAAUGUCAAUCAAGAAAUAUGUGAUAUAUGUAUCUUUAAAAGCUUUAUUUCUGAGUUCAAAACAUUUCAUUUUCAGAAUAUUUACAUGACAUUGUAUAAUCUUUGUUUAGUCGUCCUGAAUAUGUAUGAAAUGGUUGCCACUGGUCAUUAAACAUUCUUUACCAUACCGUUUUAACCAAAUAAGCUUAUACCGAUAAACGAUAUAAACGCCAGCACGACAGCAUGUCAACGACUCAACUUUCUUAAAUUAAAAAAAAACUUUUUUUUUUAAUCUUUUUCUUUAUAUCGCUACCUGGUUACCUAAUAUAACUGUAAUCAAUGAUAUAUAUUAGUAUAUAUGAUACAUUUUCAGCAAAUAACUGUGAUUUUUACUGUGAUAUAUAUGAAAUGAUGUGUUUACUCUUUUAUUCUUCCCUUAUAAGGUUGUUUAAAAGUUACUUAUGUUUUAAGUUUUAAUGCACUUCAGUAUAGCUGCGGAAAAUUUGAUAUGAUUUAGUAUGCUAUAAUGGUCAACAAAAGAAAUAAUAUAAAGCAAUUAAUUUUUCAUAUAUAAUGAAAUUGGAUAGAUGAUAUAAAUAAAAUAAGUUGCCCAAUUGGUCCAAUGUUAAUAGAGUGUUGUUUUCUUAUCAAAAUGAUUGAUUAAAGACAAAAAUGCAAUUUUUUUAUUCACAUUUUUAUUGAUUUCAAAAACCUUUUUUGCACCUAAAGUUUCAAAACCCAGAUGUUUUAGCUGAAAACUUGAAACAAGAGCAUGGUCUGAUUAAAAUUUUUAAUUCCUUCGUUUAUAUUUUAAUACUAAAUCCUCAUUUUCGAAAUUGGGUGCCGAGUUUUGUCAUCCUUUUCCGCAAAAUAAAUUGUAUCCUUUGUUCGAUAACACUGUAUUUUUCUCAUUUUCCGACUUGGUCAGUUCUUUUUUAGAAUAAUAUGCAUUUGAUUGCAAAAUAAGAUUUUCAUUGGAUAAUUUAAGACUUUUUCCUGUAUAUCAAAUUUUAUUUUAAUUUCUAGUUCAAACUUGUGUAUCGUUUCUUUUGUUGACUAGAAUAUUACGAUGAUUGUGUAAUAGAUCAAUGCAUUUUCUUCUGUCCUCCGUCAUUAUCUUAACUGUUAGAGAUAAUAACUUCUUUGUAUUAUAUUCAAGGUUUGUUAAGAUAAGUUCUGUUAUAUUAUACAUUUUUAUCGUGCGUAUACUUCUAGCAUGACAAACAUAUGUAUAAACUUAUAGACAAUUUGUCGCGUUAUUCUUUUUACAUGGUUUUAGAUUCGGAAAUGUAGGCAGACAGUAUGACAUAGAUUUCAGAUUUAAUGCACAACUUACAGUGUAAGAAGACAGGUUUUUUUGUUAUCCUCCAACAGUUUCAGGUCAACAAAAUGAUUGAAAUGAUUGAUUGAAAAGAAAUUUAAAAGGCCAAAAACAAUGGGCAAUUAUUUUAUGAACGAGAGUUUGUAGACUCGAAGUUUUAGGAACGAAAGACACUUACUGUAGCCUAAAAUGUCGGAUGUAUGAAAAGAUACGGCAGUGACAGAAGAAAUAAAUGUGAUCAAGUUCAGAUGGAAAAGACAAACCUGAAAAAAAAAAAAUACAACAAAACUAAAGACUGAACAACACGAACCCCACCAAACUCAAGGAUAAAAUCAGGUCAUCCGGAAGGGUCAGCAGUUCUUGUUCCACUUUAAUACGACGUUCAUCGUGUUUCCGUUGAUGAAACAUAUCCAGUGGUAAGUUAAAAAGAAGACAAGUGUCUUGUAAACCCUUACUAACAUUACUAAAUUGGUAAACUACUGGUACAUGUAAUUUUUUAACCUUGGUAAAGACCCGAUAUGAAUGUUUGGAAUAGAAACACAUCAUGGUAGGUCAGGAUUUUUGUAUUUUUAUGAAAAUAGAUAAUAAAGAUGUUAAGCAAGAAGUCAUAAACUACAUCUGAAUUUUAAGAUAAAGUAAAAAUUUUGAAGAAAGAAUUUAAAUGUCCGACUUCGCUAUACAGACUGUGUCUUUAAAGUUCUUUAUAUCAAAAUAUAUUUUUUGGUACUCUUAUUAUUAUAACGUAUUGAUUGUGAGAUGUCUGUUUUUGUCUUUAAUCUUUAUAUUUUUAUGAUUGCAAAGAUAUUAAUUAUAUGAGAUGAUUUUUUUUUUUCUAUUGUACAGAUUAAUUACAUGUGAUUAUUAGAUGUACCCAGCUCAUGACACCUUAAUUUGUAAAAAACGUGCCUUUGUGAAACACAUAAGUGCAUUGCACGUUAUGGAGUCAUAAUUAUUUGAUAUUAAUGUAUUGCUGAAUGAAACUCAAGCAUAUGCUAAAUUAAAUAGUUGUGACUCUGAUAGCGCGCCAUACGAUCCUCUGCAGGACAGAGACAAUAUGUUGUAAGUUUUGGGGUAUAACGUUACUUGUUAUGUUUGUAUUAAAAUUUUAUAAAAAAAAUAAA